AUGUUAGUUACUAGCCUUACACGAUUUGGGGCUUUGUCUCAACGUCAAUGGACACGGGCCACGCGGCCACUAUUCACGACGGCGGCGCCCGUGGUCGGCGCGCGGUACUGCGCGCCGCACGGGAUGACGCUCACGGCGACAGAGACGUUCUUCGAUGGCUUCCCCAUCACAGACGCCCGCGGCGCGACGGUGAUGCGGGCCGAGAAGGCCCCCUUCAGCUGCCCUAGCCGCCACCUGCUCCUCGACGUCUCCGCGGCGUCGCGCCGCCCCGUGCUCACCGUGAGGCGCUCGCCUGCCUUCUUCGAGAUCCGCCGGAGGUGGAACGUGUACAGCGGGAACAGCACCAGCCAAAGUGACCUGCUCUUCGUCGCCGCCGAGUCUCCGCUUUUCAAGCCCGGAGUCGUCCAGGUGCACCUCCCCGGCCGCGAUGGUGGGCGGGAUCCCGACUUCGUCGUCCACUCCCGCGGCUUCUUCGGCUGCGAUUACACUGUCUCCCGCGGCGGUGCCGCCCUUGCUCAGAUCAACACUGGGCACGCGACACUGUUGGGUCUUCUGUUCAAUAUGAUGGCGUAUCGUAUUAGCGUCAACGCCGGCGUGGACCACGCUUUCGUCGUGGCGCUCACCGUGAUUCUGGCGGAGAUACGUCAUGACGACGAAGAAAAACGUCGCCGGCAACUACGCGCCUGGAACUCGCGCUGA